AUGUCGUUCGGAGGCGACACGUGCUCGGCCAUGACCCACACGGGCGUGCGCUGUGCCUCUGCGGCCACCGUCUCGAGCGGCCACUGCCCGCACCACGCGCGCAUGGCCCGCGUCAUGGCGCUCGCCCCGAAGCUGUCGCCGCCGUCCACGCCGUCGCUCUCGCCCUCUUCGGCCCAUUCCGCGUCGACUGCGUCGCUGCCGACGCCGCCCGUUGUAGCUCUGUCCGGUGCAAUGCGUCGCACGGUGCCCCCUUUUCCAGGCGAGACUGUCGUUGCGACAAUCGCGUGCGUGUCGUUUGUCUUCCCGACGGCGCUGGCCGUCCGUGAGGUGCCCGGGACGCUCUACAUCACGUCGUUCCGCCUCCAGUUUGCGCCGCAGAGCAGUCGGACGAACGCGCUCGAUGGCGCGUGUAAGCGGCUCGUGGACAUGGCAAUGCACGGCAUGCCACGUGCUGCAGUGGCCAAGUUAUCGUACGCGCCGGUUGCACCGACAGCAAUGACGUCGUCGUACACGACUGUUGGAAGUAGUGCUCUGGCUACUACUGCCCUAAGUAGUGCUUUUGGAAGUACGUUUACGAGCACUUUUGGCAGUGCAAUUGGUCAGAGUGGUAUGGCGAUGGGCAACGGAGGAGGAGGAGGAAGUGAUGCGGGGAUGUUUACGAGACUGGAAGUGAAGUUCAAAGACUUGAGGUCGUGGGUGCUUGGAGGCGACGUGGUGAAGCUGUUGCCCGCGCUGAAUCGACACGUGUUUGUGGACUCGCCGAUGAGUUUCUUUGCCUUCUCGUCCAUUACGCGACCGACAGAGCAGGAUGCACAAGGACAUGCGCUGUACGAUCUGUACGCGGACUUCGCCCGAAUGGGUGUCGCUCUUGGAAGCGACUCGAGCUGUGCAUUGCGCGUGACGGAGCUCAAUGCGACGUUCACCAUGUGCCCCACGUAUCCUCGGCAGAUUGUUGUGCCUGCAGCUGCGAGCGACGCACACGUUAAAGCAGUGGCUUCGUUUCGAUCCAAGGGGCGAUUGCCCAUUUGCAGCUACGUUCAUGCGCGCAACGGGGCUUCCUUGUGGCGAUGUGCGCAACCAAAGCGCGGUAUUCUGCAUACGCAGAACCCGGCAGACGAACAGUACCUGCUCUACAUUGCUCUCGCUUCACCUGGUUCACCGUCCCUGUAUUCCGGCACACGGGCUCGCAAGAUCUGGAUUGCAGAUUGUCGUCCAGAGUUGAAUGCGCGGGUGAACAACUUGACGGGAGGCGGCACGGAAAGCGGGAAUCUAGCACAUGCACAUGUGUCGUUCCUCAAUAUCGGAAACAUCCACGCCAUGCGCGAAAGUAUCGAGGCCGUGCGUAGUCUGGGCGAAUUCGUGGCUUCAUCGAACAACACUGAGUCGACUGAUCUGUCGUGGGGUACGCGUGUUGAAGACACCAAAUGGCUUUCUCACGUGCGUCGCGUCCUGAGCGGGGCGCUGCAAGUCGCGCACGCCCUCGCGGUCCAAGCCACGACCGUGGUCGUGCACUGUAGCGAUGGGUGGGACCGGACAGCUCAGCUCUGUAGUCUCGGGCAGCUGCUCGUUGACGCGCAUUACCGCACACGACGAGGUUUUCUCGAGGUAAUUGAGAAAGAAUGGGUUCGUGCUGGUCACAAGUUCCAGGACCGCGUCGCUCCUGGCAAAAGUGAAGACGACGACGACCAGCAAGCGCCGAUUUUCAUCCAGUUCCUGGACUGCGUGUGGCAACUGUUUCGCUUGUUUCCCACAUACUUCGAGUUCAAUGAACGCAUGCUCGAGACAUUGGCGGACGCGGUGUUCUCGGGCAGAUACGGCACAUUCUUAGGUAAUUGUGAGCGCGAGCGCAGCGCCUGGGGCGUGCGUGACCGGACUCCCUCGCUCUAUGCGUCCGUUUUCCAGGACGAUCGAUUCGUGAACCCGUUCUACCGAGCUAGCAGCACAACAGCGUUGCUGCCAGAUAUACCGUCUGUGUUGCGCCAAGUAACACUGUGGAGCUCAUACUACUUUCGUGGAGCUCCAUUUCCACCAUCGCCGGCGGGAAAUCCCGCAUCACCAUUGUACGCAGUGAGUGAUUCGGGGGAAGGCAACGCAUUGUCGAAUGGUGCACAAGAAGACAUGGAGGCAGCAAUGAAGGCAGCAUUGCGCAGGAUCCGCAUUUUAGAGGACAAACUCAGCGCUGCAACCGCAACACCCCCUCCUCCGCUAUUGCCAUCGGCCAUGUCGUAUCCGCCACUGUAUUCAACGUCCUCAGAACUGGAUACGCCUGCGCAGAUCCAGCAAAAAUCCGAGCUCGAGCCACAUACUCGACACCAAGAAACCAGCACGACAGGACAUUACCUUUUCGGCCGUAGCAGCAGUGACGAGACAGUGUACGCUUCUACUGCCCCUUCAGUGUCGCCGCACGCACCAACAGCAUCUAUGAAGUCCAAAUCGGCAUCAGCACAAUCGUUGGCAACCACGUGGACAUGCAGCCUUUGCACCAAAACUAAUGCAGCCGGCGUCCUCCAAUGCGUCGUGUGCGGCCGUACGCCACGAUGA